AAGUGACGCACGGCACCGCGCUAACGAGCUCGCUUUGGAAGGCAUUUUGGCCCUCGCGGGCUGCCAGCCGCCUGUUAGGUGACGCGACGGCGGGUCACGUGCGGCGGGAGCCGUUCGGCCGCUAACGGCUUCGGCUCGGGGAGACGUGGGCGCGCGCGAGCUGCUGCCGUCGCCGCCCUGCGGGGGAAGGGGAGGGCGGAGCGGGGCGGGCGCAGCCAGCCCGCCCGCCGCGGCCCCACCAUGAUCAAAGCCAUCCUCAUCUUCAACAACCACGGCAAGCCGCGGCUCUCCAAGUUCUACCAGCGCUAUAGUGAAGAUACACAGCAACAAAUUAUCAGAGAAACCUUCCAUUUAGUAUCGAAACGUGAUGAAAAUGUUUGUAAUUUCCUAGAAGGAGGCUUAUUAAUAGGUGGAUCUGACAACAAGCUAAUUUACCGACACUAUGCCACCUUGUAUUUUGUCUUCUGCGUGGAUUCUUCAGAAAGUGAACUUGGCAUUUUAGACCUAAUACAAGUAUUCGUGGAAACACUAGACAAAUGUUUUGAAAAUGUCUGUGAACUGGAUUUAAUUUUCCAUGUAGACAAGGUCCAUAAUAUAUUGGCUGAAAUGGUCAUGGGUGGAAUGGUUUUGGAGACCAACAUGAAUGAAAUUGUCACUCAAAUUGAUGCACAAAAUAAACUGGAGAAAUCUGAGACCUUUAUCUUUCAGUCUCCCAGACAGGACAGGUAGACACAGGUACUUGUUGAAAACUGCUUAAGAGGACACUGGACUGGAAAUAUUUCUUGUAGUACCUUUGUCUUUUUGAAUGUCGCUUACUUUCUGUAAAAGAAAUGAUAAAUGGCAGGACUGCAUACCAUUUUACUGUUUGACAUGCUAAAAGGUAAUGCAAAGGCACUAAGAUAUAGUAACAUUAAAAAUAACUUUUACUAGUUACCCAGUUUUGAAGUUUGAGUAUUUUUCAGGCAUUUUAUUAGACAUUUUGUUGCAAACUGUUUGCUCUAAGUACUGUAUGACUGUAUCGUGCUUUAUAGGGCUAUGACAUUAAUUGUGAUAAAUAGCACUCUGCUAUGUCAUUAUGUAUACACUGAAUCACAAGACCACUUAAUAUGGAGAAUUACAGGAGAAGAGAGUGCAAUAGUUUCAAAAUGCAUCUCUACUCCAGUAUACGAUAGCAAAAGAAAAUCCUGCUGGCAAAAAAGAGGUAACCUGGAGUGUCAUAGUACUUUUGUCAGGGAUCUUUGCUGAUCCUGUUCCAGAGUGGUCCUAAUGGAAAGUGACUGUUGGAAAUUGUAGUUGUAUAAGGGGGUGGAAGGGCAACGGUUAUGUCAGUUGUGGUAUUUUAAAUAAUUCUCAAUUGUGUCUCCAUUGUAUCCUAUGCCAUUGGGGCGGGAGGCAGGGACUGUAUGUCUGUGUAAAGAGGAUAGCUGCAGGUAGGUAAAAAUAAUGACCAGCUAUACUAAAGCUUUUAUAUGUCUAUUAAAAAUAAUUAACUUUCGUUAAACUAGGCUAAGGAAUCUCCAUCCUAGUCACCUAGAAGGCAUCUCUCUUAAAUUGCCAGCCAUGCCUGUUUGUGUGGACCAUGUCCAUCACUUACAAUAUUUUUCUGGUUUCCCAUUGUUUAAGUUCUAAAUUGUAUAAUUCAUUGCUUUUGUUACUACUUUAUUAGUAUUUUCACCUUCUCUGUGGAAAACAGUUUACAUGCUCCACUCUGGUUUUUCUCAAAGGAUUUUUUUUCCCCUCCAGUUACUGACUCUAGAAUUUAAAUGACAGAACCAAGUUAGAGAGGAAAUGCAUUUAUUUUCUUAUCCGAUAAAACUUCAUUGAAAGUUACCUCAUGGUUUAAAAUGGAUAUUUCAGAAUUCACAAACGUAAAAGGGCAAUGUCUAGCAGCAUCAUAUCUUCUAUGCUAUUUUUGAAAGUGUAAAUAGCAAAAAAAAAAAAAAAAAAAAAAAAAAAAAAAAAAAAAAAAAGAUUGUGGUGUCUAAUGCUGCUUUUUCAAGAUAUUACAGAUUUAGGAUUGCAGACUUGGGACGUUUGCAUUUUUUUCAGUAUUGGUAAUGUUAGGUCCAGGCUUUCCUCUUCAAAGGCUCUUUCAAUUCCAGUCCUUUCAUGAAGUAAAUGACCUGAUACUGUUGGUGGCGUGAAGACAAGCCAAGGAAAAAGAUGCUUUAAAAAUACUUUUUUACACCCUUUUAUUUGGUUACACUGGGUCUCUGCAAACCGGUAAUUUUGAUUAUGUCAGUGGCCCAAGUGACAGCAAAUUACAUGGUUGCCUUAGAGGUUUAUGAUUUCCUGAGCUUUCUGCUCUCUCCCCACGUGCCUUUCCUACCUUUGGCAUGUCUCAUAUAGAAGUGUUUGGCACGGGGGACGUAAUAACAGAUGACUCCUGGCUUUCUGGUGUCUGUUCCUGGUCCUAGGAAUCCUCCUGUGACUAAAGUCUAGGGAUUUAUGAUGCUUUAGCCUUUCCACAUGAUGUAAGGAGGUUAGUUCAAAAACAGAAACUUUAAACAAUUUUGACUAUGGGCGUUUUUGAAGGGAGGAGAAUCUAUACAUAUUUAGAGUAAAACAGUAGGUAGGAUUUUAAGUGGAAACCUUAUGUUAAUUAGACGUUAUGUUUAUUUCUCAUGAAAGAGCAGUAAAAGCAAGAAUGGUUUUCAAAAACUGGCAUUGUUAUGUUAUGAGUACGUUGAGUGUCUGUCUGCUUUUGAACAUUAGUACAAGUUGAUAUGACAGAAGUCAAAUGUACUCCUCAGUGUAAUUACGUCCUUUAAUUGCAAUGAAUUUCAGUAGAACUCAUGAAUCUGAAAAAGUCAUACUUUGAGCAGCAGUUACUGACAAACAGUAUUUAAUAAUUGGCUAUGAAUCACAAACUUCUUCAGAAGUUAGUUCUCCUUUUGUCUUGCUGUAUUGCUUUCUCAGAAUUAUUUUAUCUGUGUAUGCACUGAUUUCUUCACUCCUUAAUACUCUUGCAGUGAAAGAUCUUCCAUUUCUACAGGUUUAGUCUUUUGUUUGUUAGACCAAGUUCUUAGCAUGUUACUUUGUUUCUUAUAGGUUAUUAUUUUUUGCUGGGUCCACAAGAUGCCACACAGUUCUGAAAAUUACUUUUGUGAUUUUUUUGCAAUUUUUUUAUGCUACUUUUAAAACAUCAAAAUAAAAAGUACAUGUUUUUUUCCAUAUAUUCAUAGAAUUGGGAAUAUGAUAUAUUUUUCUGCAAAAUAUAGGUUUUGUUUUCAAACCUUUCCAGGCUUUUAAAAUACAUUUUUUUCAGCAAGAACAAAGAAGCUUUUUGCAUUUUUGUUGUUGUGAGGCAAGCCUGAAAUAAAGCCAUCCAGGCAAUUCUAAAUACAUUUAGCGAAUCUGAAAUUUUAGGAGAAACACUGCCUUUAUAAUGAAUGCCAGUUCUUCUAUGUAGUAGCAAAUACAGUAACAACUUAAUUAUUUGGCUUUUUUUUAAACAGCCCUUAAAGCAACAAAGUUUUGAAAAACUGUACUUCAGUCGCAGUAGGAAAAGAUCACGUUCUGUAUGUCUUCAGACUUCUGCGUUUCAAAUCAUUUUUGUUAGCAUUUCAGUAAUAAACCCUAAUAUGUAAACUUGACAGUUAUUUUAUCUGAAAGGCAGAACUCAGUGGAAAUCAGUGGCAAAAACAAAUUUCUGUAUUGUUAAAUUUAUGUAUGUAUACAACAGAGCUGUGGCUUUAAAUGUAGAGAGAGACUCCAGCAGAGGAAUUUAACACAGAAUAGGUACUUUAAUGUUCAGUUUGGCAUAACCAGGUUGUUAUGUAAUGUUCUAGUGUGCCUAGGGCCUUGUAGAUAUGUUAGCUCAUAUGUAGAUACUAUGGGAUAAUGGAUUAUUGCACUUCAGUUGGUCUGUAGUAGUAAUCUUUCUGCAAGCUCUUUAUCACCCACAAAUGCAAGGUGUUUAGCCUUUUCAAUUCAGACUAAGCCAUCUUGAAUUACCUCAUAUUUGCAUGCAUUUAGAUAAGUAAUAUGGUUCAGCUGAUAAUCAGUAACUUUUUCUGAAUUUUUAACCAAAGUUAGUCAGCUGUGUACCAUGUAAGCUUUUAGAAUAGGUAGGAGACAAAGACAGCAUAUUGGCCUUUAAAUACCUCCGAUUUAUAACCUGCAUAUUGCAUACUUUUGGAUAAACCCCCUAUUCCUCCCUGCAUACUUUUCCAUCAAGUUGACAUUACAUGUUUCACCAAAGAAAAAGAAAUGUGUGAACUGUUUUCUCUUUCUGGUUUAAUAUUUCCAAAUAACCCAUUUCAUUCCAAACAAAAUUAUCAUCUGGUCUUUCUAAUUGUGUAACCAUGGAAUUACUUUAAAAGUUAGUUGUCUGUGUAACUGCUAGCGAUUCUUCUUGUAACCAACUUUGCCUGACUUGUGUUUUUCUUCUUCACUUUAUAUACAGGCUGGUUUAGCAGGAGCUCCAGCUCGGGC